AAGGGUAAAAAAAAAAGGCACACUACGAAGUUACAAGGAACGUUAAAAUGUGUCACCACUAAAUUCUUUUUAUGCGGAGCUGUAGAAGAUACGUGUUGGAGGCAAUCAAUCAUACUUUUAACUCAGAUUUGAACUUUACAGCUAUUUAGGUGCCUGUGAGGUCUGCUGGGAACAGAUAAGGAGACUCUAGGAGAACAUUAAAGAUAUCUUUGUAACUCCUGCCACACACAGUCUCACUUCUUCAUCUCCCAUUCAUCUCUCCGCCUGGGUGGACAAAUAAGAAGACAGAUGCAUAAUUGUACGAAUGGUUUAAGACUAUACUAAUGCUCUCUAAAGGUGAUAGCCAUGUUCAUGGAGCCUUCAAAAUCCCCUACAGCCCAAAAACAGGAAAGGUUUGAGGACAAACUUGAGAGGAGACUGGAAUGUCAUGAAAUCCUGCGAAGCCGCUACAACAUCACUUCCUGUCGCCAGGACACUCCCAGCUGGGGAAGAGAACAGGAUAACCAGGGACAGUCCCUACGUCAGCAGGAGUUCUUUAAGAGGAGACAUCUGUGGGCCGAGGGUUUGGAAGGCAGGCGAAUACGGUCUCCCCCAAAAUUCCAAAAAUAUAUUAGAUAUUCUUCAUUGAAGCACAGCACACAUUUACAGUCUAUAAAUACUGAUCAUGGCUUAUCAGAAAACAACAAGCUUUCCAGGAAACAUAAUCACUCUAAGACUUACCCAUUUGACUAUAAAGGUUUGAACCUGGAUACACUAAACAAAGGUUCUCAAUGGGAUUCUGCACACGACCUAAUCAACAGGAAUAAAAUGUCCACGAGAGAAAAAGGAGUUCAGACAAGUCAGAGUUUAACAGGUUUAACAAGUAUCUGUAUAAAAAGAGACUCAAGCCAACAAACAGACUGUGCUACAUCAGUUUUAAAUGGGGAGUUGUUGGAACUUUCUGAAUACCUUGUGGAAGCUCUCCAUAGAGAGAGGAAACUGAAAAAGAAAUUGUGCUCCUUGCAGGAGUUGUUUCGAACACUCUUACAGACAUCUGAAAAGUCAUUCAAGGCUCAAGUUAAUGAAGACAAGCUCAAAUGCAAAGUAGCUGUCCUAGAAAAACAGCUUUUCAUAUAUUCUCAGAAUUUUCCAAAGACAAGUGUGAAAAAAGUCUUGUUAGAGAUGGAGGAAGAGAAGCAGAGGUAUGAAGAAAAGGCCAAAGAGUCUCUCCAGAAAUUAACAGAAGACAAAUUCUCUGCAGAAAAAAAUCUUGAGAAUACUAAGGUGUCACUAGCGGUGACUUCAGGAGAGUGUGACAUAUGGAAGGAGGAAUAUGAGAAGCUGAAAAUGGAUUGGAGUGAACUGACAAACAAACACAGUGAACUAAAGAAUGAGUUGUUUGUACUCCAAAGCAAACUACAGUGGAUAGAAACAAAAGACUUGCAAAUGCAGCAGCUUUACAGUCACCUGCAAAGUUUGGAGAGAGAAAAGACUGAACUGGAAGCACUGAAUGAACAACUGCAAGAGGACAAUGAACAAAAAAAGGAAAGGCUUUAUUCUAUGGAAGUUAGGCUGAGAAAUGCAGAGGUUUUAAAGCUGGAGAUGGAGAUAAAGAUGAAUGAUCUUCAAAAUGAAGGUUUAGCCAUGAAUCUGAUUAAAUCUUCAAUGGUAACUCAUAAUAUAGGGACCUUAAACAUCGAAAGAGCACCAACUCAGCAACUGCAAGAAGACACAGUAAAGCUGCUAACUGAGAAGCUAACUGCAAAGGAGAAAGAGUGUGAAUAUCUACAGACAGAAAUGGACUCGCUGACAGAGGAGUUUCAGUCGUGCCAAAGAAAGUUAAGGCAAUGCAGAGAGGAACUUAGGGGAACUCAUAACCAAAAACCAAAGAGAAAAUGCUCUUUCUGGACCCCACUAUUGGUACUGAUAUUUGCUGUAGUAACAAUGUUCCUUUUCUCAGCAAACAUGGAAUAUUUUAUACAGUGAAGAUAAAGCUACACUUUUAUUUUAACUGACAUUUUUUUUGCUGAUAUAGAAGGUGUUAAAACAGUGUUCGAUGUAUCUUAUCUUAAAGUGUUAUUUGUAUUCCAAAUUAAAGAAAUGCUUCUGACUUUAA